GCUAGUAUUAUUACUUGGUGAUUUGGUUUAUUCCUAUUUUAACUGAUACUUGGGGAAAGAGAAAUUUGUCGUGGGCUAACUCUGAUAUUGUGUAACUAUACCGGUACCCUUUCCCAACGGGUUCUUUUGUGUUGGGUUUUGGAUGUUUCGUUACAAACAGGUAAGAAAUAGGAGUUAAAAAAAUUAAGGGAAAAAGAUUUUAUGGAAAGCAGCUUAUCUUUUUUUUUUUUUCCGAGCAAAGGCAGCUUAUCUUAGAGCUAAAGAGUUGAUUAAUUGGCCGGAGACUGAUUGAAUAGAACCUUGAUUUGUUAUGAGCUCCUGAUUUUUGUUUGUCUAAUCUUGCAAGAGCCUUUGAUUAGUUGUAGGUUGCAUCUGGAGUUUGAGAUUUGUAUUGCCAAUACUCCAUGGGUAAAGCGGCGAGAAAGAAGAGGCAUGAAACCGUAACAAAUGAAGCUCAUCGCAUAGGGUUGGCAGUAGUAACUGAUGAAGAUUCUGAAACAGAGGUUGCCUCAAUUCAGCAAGUUGAUGCCAAAAUUGAAGCUCUCACCAAUAGGUUCGACAGUAUCCUUGGGGUUGUCAAAAAUAUGUCUGUGCAACUUGAAGAAAUAUCAUGUGGUAUGAAGGGUCUAAUGAACAAGGGGAAGAAGAUGGAUGCUUGUGGCAUAUCAACUCGAGAAGUGUCUGAUAACUUAGAACUGGGGCGAGACAUCAUUGGAGAAUUUCAUAAUCUGAAACAGACGGGCUCUGUCGCGGAGUAUCAAGAGAAAUUUGCUGAGUUGAGAGACUUGUUGAUGACAAUGAAUUAUGGGCUUACAGAAGAUUAUUUCAUUUCCAGUUUCCUGAGUGGACUCAAGGAAGAAAUUAGACGUGUAAUCCGCAAGCCAAAACCAGAGACCCUUAUUCAUGCUUUCAACCUUGCACGCAUCCAGGAAAUAGCAAUUGAAGUGAUGAAAGUGAAGUUAGUCUCUUCAGAAAUGAGGACUAAUCGAGAGCAAAUCUUGCCUUGUGAAUCAGUUGAUGUUUUCAUUGAUCAAGGCCACCCUGCCAAGUUUAAAGUUUUAGCAGGAGAAAGGGACACAACAGUUAUCAUAUCUACUGGCGUUCCUUAUAGCUUCAUCGACACUGAUGUAGCAAUUCAGGCAGGGUUUGAGAUGGAGGAGACCACGCCGCUGCUUGUGAAUUUUGUAUUUGGUCUAUACCAAGCAGUCAGCAGAUUCAGAUGUCCAAGCUUCAGGUGGACCGUGCAAGGUCAUGAGUUCGUAACUGAUAUGAGAAUCGUGGAAAUAAGAGCAUGUGACAUGGUGUUAGGCGGGGACUGGGUCUCAAAUAAUUACCCUUUGACCUUCACUGGAGAUAGGAUUGUCCUGCUAAAGGGUGGAAAGGAAAUAGUGUUGCUAGAUAAAACAGGAUCAGCUAAGCCUAAGAUGAACAAAGGGAAGUAAUUGGAGAAGAAUGAUUGACUAACGCAGCACCGUACCUGUGCUAAACAAAUGGUUAGUAGUAAUAGAAAAUGCUUUUUUUUUUUUUUUUGUUUAAUAGAGAUGGAGGAGGUUUGAUGACAAGUAUUACUUUGUGAUAAUCCUACUCUCCGGUGUGUAUGCACAGCUGCAUUCUUCCUUUCCCUCCUGCUACAAAUUUUCAUCAUAUCUCUGCAGUUCUUUAUAAUUGUUA